AUGAUGGAGGAGGAAAAACCAUGGGCACCGGUCGAAGAGGUUGAAGGUGAUUUCUGUUACCCAGAAGAGCUUGCAGACGCACUGAAACAACACUUUCAAAACCCAGGGCUCAAUGGUCGAAAAAUCCAGGUCCUGAUCAUAUGGAAGUACUUCCCUGCAGCUGAGCCAAAAUUGCUCAAAAUGCUCCCCUCGCUCAAAAUAGUGGUCAGCGCAGGAAUGGGCACUGACCAUUUGGAUAUACCAUUCAUCAGCAGUCUUGGGGGGAAAAUUGGUGGCGGCAGCACGAGUCUAAUGUCUUUGUUUUACCUUGUGUGUAACUAUUGCUUCCUCCUCAAAGGCCAACUUAUAGCCGUGGACCCAAAAACUGUCCAAAUACCUCUGGACCUGAUGGGAGUGGAAGUCACAGGGUCGACCAUAGGGAUUAUAGGAAUGGGAGAUAUCGGUUACAGAAUUGCCCAAAGAUGUUCUUGAUUUCAAAUUAAGAUAUUGUAUCACAACAGGAGAAAAGGGAGUGAAGACGAUGAACGGGCAGUGAAAGCAACUUUCUGUGAGAGCCUGAGUGAACUGCUGAGGAGCUCAGAUUUUGUUGUAAUAGCUGUUAAGCUGACAUCACAAACCACAGGCCUCCUUGGCCACAGAGAGCCGUCCCUCAUGAAACCCACGGCAACUCUCAUCAACAUCAGCCGAGGUCAAGUUGUGGACCAAGAUGCUUUAGUCAAAGCUCUUCAGUCUGGAGCUAUUUGUGCAGCGGCAUUAGAUGUGACUCAUCCUGAACCUUUACCAAGAGAUCAUCCACUCCUGAGCCUGCCUAAUGUCCUGAUCACCCCUCACAUUGGAAUGAACACAAACUGCACAACACGGCAAAUUGUGGAGAAGAUGGCAGAAAAUGCCCUGGCUGCAGUUAAAGGCGUACCUAUUCCGAAUGAAGUCAACGGCAAAACCUUCUUCAGACAUGAAACGUGGAUAAAGUAAGUCGUAAGUCGCUUAUAGCUGUAGAGACAAUGACCUGGAUGACUGAGAACCUCUGCAGACGCCAAACAACCCAAGAACAUUAGCUUCCCCACUGCUAACGGAGACAUACCCAACAGGUUUGUGAGUGGGUGAACUUUGCUCUCUCCAUAGACCACAACACUUUCUAGUUCAGUCGGUGGUGUGUGUUCUUUUAGCAGAAGAAGAUUACAUGAGGACAUC